CAGGGACCAUUUUAGAUUUAAAUAUAGCUGCAUGCAACUCAAAAUGUGUUACAUCAUUGAAAACAUUGACCUUUUACUUAACUUCCAUAUCUUGUAGUUUGAGCAUUAAGCUGUUCACUUCUCAAUUGUUUCCCAUCUAGCCCCAUUCAGAUUAGCCUAAUAGCCCAGAAAGGUUUACACUGGUCAUAUUAAGGGUAGUUACCUCUCAUCUAGAGAGCAAUUUUAAGCACCCUAUUAUUUUACUCAGCAGAGAAAAACCGACUUAAUAGUUCUGAAUGUAUUAGAAAGCUUGCUUAUCGGAAAUGUAUGUGUAUAUUAUUGUCAUUAAUUGCCCUAAUGUAGUGGAACCUAGGUGUUAUUCUGGUCACGACACAAAUCACCUCUGAGAAACUGUAUAAAAGGACAAAUGUCUUGUAGCAACUCACAAAAAGCUUGCAUUUCUCAGUGAAGAAUCUCCAUUCUCAAGUUUUGUCACCAUGGCGGUAGCAUUGUUCGUACUGGUGCUCCUCUGCAUGGCUGGAAUGCUGCAUGCUCAGGCCUCGGACCAGUCUGGAGAGAACAGUCUCACAGAAAAUGGACAGGGUUUGGGGAGAAGAUAUGCUGAGUCAACCAUUGCCAGUGACAUGAGCAAAAUCAUGGACUCAAUGGUUCAGAAGAAUUUUGUCAACUUCCUGCUCAACCAGAAGGAGAAAAAGAGCAUGUCUAAUGUCACUCCGGAGGAAGAUCCAGGUGCUUGCUUGUACAGCAAUCUCCUGAAAAAGCUUGCACUGUGCAUCCGCAGCAAGGGACGCAGAUCCAUGACCCAGUGAUGUUUUAAAGAAUAUCAGCAAAUUACCAACAUAGGCGAGAGAAUGAUGCAAAGAGAAACCUGAAGUCAACCACAACAUUGUGACAAUUUCGAAAAAAAAUGGUGCUUUCUAUUUUGUUGUCAAUCCAGAAUGUCUUACCUUUUUCAUAAAUAAUUGCUAAGGUGAAAUUAAAUGAUUGAACUAUUAAACCAAUAUUGUCCUCA